UUGAAAUUGAGAAGUCUGGUCCAUAAUGACAAAGGCUUCUGCAUUUAUUGCCCUUGUAGCUUUAGCGGUUUCUGUUGGCGGACAACAAACAUAUCCAUGGGUUAACGACUUUAUUGCUUGCGUUGCAAAAAUGCCAAUUUUUGAUGAAGAACCUAUAUUGUUGGAGUCUGGAACGUAUAUGGUUGGAGCAGAUAAAACAGAGUUUAGAUCUGGAGAAAUGAUGACAUUCUUCGUUGACGGCAAGGAACCGACCGAAAAAUUCCGUGGACUUUUCAUAUCGGUUUUGGAAAAUGGUCGAGCAGUCGGCGAAUGGAUGCCUUCCAAUAAGUUCAUGAUGAGAGGCUGCGAUGGAGCACAGAAUAGUGCUAUGACGGAAAGAAAUACAGAAGAAAAGUUUGUCAAGAAUGACAUGCUCAAAUGGAAAGCCCCAAAUUGCAAAGAGGAUAAGAAUUAUAAAAUAAGCGCAACAGUAAUCAAAAGCUCAAAUAUCUUUGAACGUGGAAUCACAAUGAACCUUAAAUGCAUGGCUUCAAAGCCGGUUCCUAUGUCAAAACAAGAAGAUUUAUCGGAAUCGAAGCACAAGCCAGCGCCUGAAUUUAAAGCGGUAGGAGAACCCAAACCCGAAGGCGAACAGGCUGAUAAAUAUCGUGAAAACAAGCCAGAACCGGAAUCAAAACCGGAAGGAGAUCCGAAACCCGAAGGCGAACAUGAUGAUAAAUACAAUAAAAACAAGCCAGAACCGGAGUCAAAACCGGAAGGAGAGCCUACACCCGAAGGCGAACAUGAUGAUAAAUACAAUAAAAACAAGCUAGAACAGAAGUCAAAACCGGAAGAUGAGCCUAAACCCGAAGGCGAACAUGAUGAUAAAUAUCGUAAGAACAAGCCAGAGCCGGAGUCCAAUCCAGAAGGAGAGCCCAGACCUGAAGGCGAACAUGCUGAUAAAUACAAUAAAAACAAGCCAGAACCGGAGUCCAAUCCAGAAGGAGAGCCCAAACCCGAAGAAGAACAUGCUGGUAAAUACAAUAAAAACAAGCCAGAACCAGAGUCCAAUCCAGAAGGAGAGCCCAAACCCGAAGAAGAACAUGCUGAUAAAUACAAUAAAAACAAGCCAGAACCGGAGUCCAAUCCAGAAGGAGAGCCCAAACCCGAAGAAGAACAUGCUGGUAAAUACAAUAAAAAUAGGCCAGAACCGGAGUCCAAUCCAGAAGGAGAGCUCAAACCUGAAGGCAAACAUGAUGAUAAAUACAAUAAAAACAAGCCAGAACCGGAGUCAAAACCAGAAGGAGAGCCCAAACCCGAAGGCGAACAUGAAGCUAAAUAUCGUAAGAACAAGCCAGAACCGGAUUACAAUCCAGAAGGAGAGCCCAAUCCCGAAGGCGGACAUGCUGAUAAAUAUCGUAAGAACAAGCCAGAACCGGAGUCAAAACCGGAAGGAGAGCCCAAACCCGAAGGCGAACAUGAUGCUAAAUAUCGUAAGAAUAAGCAAGAACUGGAGUCAAAACCGGAAGGAGAACCCAAACCCGAAGGCGAACAUGCGGAUAAAUAUCGUAAGAACAAGCCAGAGCCGGAGUCCAAUCCAGAAAGAGAGCCCAAACCCGAGAGCGAACAUGCUGGUAAAUACAAUAAAAACAAAACAGAACCGGAGUCAAAACCAGAAGGAGAGCCCAAACCUGAAGGCGAACAUGCUGAUAAAUAUAAUAAAAACAAGCCAGAACCGGAGGGAACUAAACCAGAAAAAAUGCCAACUCCUGAACGAAGUACCGGAUUUGAUGGUAUUCUUUUUGGUGAGGACGAAGACAUAAUUUUUGGUGGAGGUUUCAAUUUGUUUCCCGGACGCACACCAUCUGGAGAGCCUACCUCAAAACCCAAACCUGAAGAUAGCGAUGGAGAAUGGCUAUUGGAUGGAGAUGGGUAUGAAAAAAAUGUUGAACCUGAAGGAGAGCCGAAACCAAAAGGUGAAAAUUGGGAUGAAACAGAUGAAGAAUAUACAAUAAAGAAAACCAUGACAAAUCCUACAGCAGAAAAAAGUAUGGUUCCCGAAAUGGGGUUAUUAUUUCCCGAUGACGAAGAAGAAGGGCUUCUUUUUGGAGAUGAAUCACUUAUUCCAAAAAUGCAACCAUUUGCAAAAAUGACACAUACGGGGGAACCUGCUUUAGAUACUAAUUUUGGAUUAGAUAAUGAUGAUGAUGAUGAUGAUGAUGAUGAUGAUUGGCUGCUUGGGGAUUGGUAUAAUGUAGCUCCGAGUUCGGAAGGCGAACCAAAGCCAGAGGAAGAACCCAAGUCUAAAGGAGAGGACUGGGCCGAACACGAUGGUGGCGGAUAUGACAAAAAAGGCAAAUCUAAGCCAGAACCCGAAAAACAAUCCAAGUCUGUUAGUGUCCCAGAAGUAGGAGGUGAACCGAAGCCUGAAGUAGAACCAAAACCGAAAACCAAACCACAGUCAAAGUCUGGAGACGACGAAUAUAUAUUGGAAGAUAUUCAAAACUCUAAUCCAGAACCACAGCCUGAAAAACCAAUCCUUUCAACUGGUUUAUUAUUCCUCGAUGACGAUGAAGAACUUUUGAUUAGUGAUUCACUUAUUCCCAGCAUGCAAACAUUUGCUAAAAUGACUCCGGAAGGCGAACCAACUCCUGGUCCAAUUUUGUUUGGAUUUGAAGACGAUGAUUGGUUGCUAGGUGAUGCGUACGACUUGGAUACAAAACCGAGAGGUGACGCAAAACCGGAGGGUGAGCCAAAACCGGAGGGUGAGCAAAAACCGGUAGGCGAGGCCUGGAAUGAUCAUGAUAAUAAUUAUGACAAGAAAGACAAGUCAAAACAUAUUUCUGAAAACAAAAACAAAGACAGCGAGAUGAAAGAAAAUUCAAAACCAGAACCAGAGCCAGAAAAAAAUACAAAAUUAAAAAUACCAGAAAAUCCGGCUCCAGAAUCGAAAGACAUAUAUAAAGGAGGCGACAAUAAACACACCGGCGGCCCUGAACCUGAACCAGAAACGAAAAUAAAACCAAAGAAAGAUCCUAAACCGGCAGGCGAAGUUUGGAAAGAGCACGGCGAUAUUGAAAAAUCGAAACCUGAUACAAAGCCUCACGAGAAAUCAAAACCUAAGCCCGCGAUUACUGCGGAUCCCGAAGACAAAGAUGAUAAAAAGUAUCCAGGCAUGUCUAAAGUAGAUGGAGGUAUGAAAACUGAUCCAGAACCAGAACCAGAGGACAAAAUGCAAAAAGAUUAUGAAAACAAUAGCGAUAUGAUGAAAUCACAUGAAUAUGUGGAUUCUGACUCAAGGCCCGAACCAGAUAUGGACAAAAUGAAAUCAGAUACGGAAGCAAAGGCAAACACAGAACAAGACAAAACUAACAAAUAUGAUGGUGUAAAUAAACCCUCGCCCGAAGGAAGGCCGAUGCAUCUAAAGCCACUCGGAUUAAACGCUUUGAAAAAAUGCAAGAAUCCAAUGUUUGAUAUACCUAUGGGUGCCACAACCUCAUUUGAAAGACAUGAUUUUGGAGCUUGGCGGAAUAAUACAAGCGGCGACCUGAUGUGGCUGCCCAAUAUGGGGAAAACACCUUCACCAAAUACCGGCCCGGAUUGGGCAUUUGAUGGACAGAAUUAUCUCUACAUGGAAGGGAGCAGACCUGCAAAGUACGGACACAAAGCGAUUCUGAAAGGACCCAAAGGCUUGCGUGGUUGCUUUUGUAUUCGUUUCGCGUGCCACAUGAUGGUCGAUCCCAAAACAACCAUCGCACUGCUUGUGAACGGCGAAACUGUAAAUUCUAACGGAUUUUCUCAUAUGGGAUGGCAGGAAAUGGUUGAAACAGUGGAUAUGCCAGGGGAAUCUAUGAUUGAAAUCGUUGCCACAAGGGGAACAACAUUUCGGGGGGAUGUAGCAAUUGAUAACAUCAGGGUAACGCCAGGAAUGUGCAUCGAGGACAUGUAAAGACAACACUUACUAUUGUUGAAUCAACAAUGUACGUCGUUUAAUUUGUGAUUAAGCCACGUCACAUGUUUAUAAUUUUUACAAACCAUGACCUGGCCAAACUAUGUCACAUAAGGCGAUUUUUAUUUUCACCCGUUUUUUCAAUGAUAUUCUCUUUGAUAACGGAAAUAUGACCUAAAUAUCUUCCAAACCACAACGAUUUUGGAAUAUAACAAAUCCGAUUCUUUAUUUGCAUAAAUUUGGACGUCCAAGUACACACUUGUUGUUAUUGCGCGCUGAAUCCUCAUUAGAUUUUGGAAACAAGGGUGCCCGAACAAGAGCAACUUUAGAGUUUAUAAAAUUAAAAUAUGAUUACGUAUAGUAUUAGUUUUCACACAAUCUGCAAAAACAGCAUAUUAUGUCCGCAUUGUUUUAGCACCAGCUAUUUUGCGUCGUAUUUACAUCGAAUUCUUGUGUACGGGAUUUGUGUGAUAAAAUAAGUUCUUUGUUUAUUUCUAAAUAUAUUUUACUCGAAAUUA